AUGAUGUCGAAUAGACGCGCUACAAACUCUGCUGUUUCUACUGCCAAUUAUUUAUAUUUAAAUGAAGAUUCAAUACCAGAUGAAUUAAAAUGUACAAUAUGCCAAGAGCCAUUUAUUAAUCCUUUCAAUGGAACAAAAUGUGGUCAUACAUUUUGCGAAUCAUGUAUUGACAAUUGGUUUAGACACAACUCUUCAUGUCCGACUUGCAGAGCAACUACACAAUUUGUCCCGGUAACUUCACGUGCCAUUCUUGGUCAAUUAGAUCGUCUUCUUGUUCGCUGUCGUCAAUGUAAUAAUGGAAAUAUUCAACGUGGUAAUCUGGCUGAUCAUAUCAAAUCUCAAUGUCCUCAUACUGUUGUGAAAUGUAAAGCAGCUGAUUUGAAAUGUCAAUGGCAAGGAAAUCGAGAACAAUCGGUACAACAUGCAGCUGUUUGUCCUUUGUUACAGAUUCGUCCAGCAAUUGAAGAAAUGAGAGCAGAUCUCGCUGCUCAAGCAGAACAACUUCGAAUAUUUAUGGACGAAGUACGAGAUCAAUUCAAUCGUUUAGAACGACAGCAACAAACUAGUUCUAGUAAACAAGUGAAUAUAAACUCCAAAGGAACACGUGUGGAAGAGAUGACUGAACAAGAACGUUUUAAUAUAGUCAACAACGAUUUGAGACGUACGUGGAGUAGAGUAUUUUGCUAUAGAUAUUUUGGAAACAUCGAAUGUAAUUUCUGUAAAUCAAAAUCUCAACAAGGUUUUGUAUGUCUGCUAUGCUCAUGUUCCGUUGCUCGACAGAAUAUUCGUGCUCAUGAUUACAGUGGAAAGGAGAGCGAUGUGAUUUGUCGAAUUUGCUUCGACAAAUACCAAUCUAAGAUGUAUUUUAACAUAUAA